GAGCGCUUUGUCUCGGGGCAACUGCGCAUGCAAGGCCGAGGAUCGGGUAAACGUAAACCGUUGUAACGUGUAAGGCAAUACCGGCAAUUGGGUAAAAUAUUUGGUCGGGGCGGGUCGGCCUAUGCCUCACUAUAGACACCCGAUCCUUUUGUGCGAGAACGGGAAACAAACUUGCCGCUUUCACCGCCAAGAACAACUUGUUUUUUCUACAGCAAUCACGGAUCCCCAUCUCUUUCCCUAUCAUUAGCACGUAUAUCCCUGAAAAUAGGGUAUCUAAUUCUAAUCUAUCCCAACAAGUGGAGUACCAACAAUUGCUAGGACACCGUCGGAUAGUCGACACCCUGGUCUUUUUCUAGCGUUAGAAAUCCAGAUUGUUUCGUGGCGUAACCGUACCCGGUCAUUCCUCUGCGUAGUUAGGUAGAGGUAUCGCUCUUACAAAGAUAACAACAAUGGAGGAGAGCCAUUCAGCUCGCUGAUAAGACUGAGAGAAUCGGAGUCGGCCGAGUUUAUUUGUCCUGCCCGUUUUCACCUCUACCUACGGGUCACCACCAGUGUGAAUGGAGAGAAGGGGGAUACGCGCCGUGUGGUGACGUUUCGACCAGUUUAACUUUAGUCCUAGGAGCCGACGAACACACGUCAACAUCGCUGACUCAUCGGAAGGGACCACGAAACGAUUUACAGGCGUAACGAACGGGCUCUCAGCUCAGGACAAAGGCCUUGUUUACCGACGGCUUGAGGUAAACAAACAAACAAACCGAGAAAGGGGACAUCUGCGAGUACAACAGGUGAGGGAGGCCAUGUCAUGACGUCAGCGCGUGACUCGACUUCGGACCGGCAGAUUUUCGAUCUUUCAAAGUCCAUGGAAGACAGAGGGCUAAAAGGCUGGAAACGGAACAGUCUGGACAGGUCAUUGUAGUGAGAUUUCACUCUGAUUACCGUGGAAAAAAGCUCAUCUCCGUUUCUAUAGCAACAAAGCAUCCGACCCCGUUAUUGGAUUGGAUUAACAUUCGGUGAGUUUCUACAGUGCAGUUUCACGCCUACAAAACCACAACAUUGCAAGGUGAACGGUAGAUGAAGAAAUGUUGCUAUGACCUUUGGUAUGACCUUGACACUGAGCUUAAGACACGCUUGAAGACGUGCCCAACGACUCAAGACACUGCCUCGCACCCCAGGAGGUUCUGUUGUUGAAGUGUAUGCAUACACGGUGUGUGAAUGGCGGAGUAAAUCAGGUUAGUCCGUGCCAUUUACUCUGACGGAAGUCAGAACACGACACCGCACUGUGGAACAACGCGCGCGAGGCUCCCCGUGAGAAAGCCCCGGACCUGACUGACAAUGCUCACGGCGUGCUAAUCUCCAGGGCGCCGCCCAGUAAUUUCCAACCCUUUGUGACAUGUAGAAAAACGAAUUGUAUUCAUGGCAACUCCCAUGGUGAUGAGAAUGGCGGCCACGGACCAAAUAAUCAAACAAACCCGCCAGGUCUUGGCGAACAACAAUAAGAUGUAUAACGAGAUUAAGGCCAGUGAGAAGCACCUUAUGCAGCUCUACCAAGACUCCAGAGAGAGCGCCGAGGAGUUGGAGGCGUCUUACAAGGAUCUCAAGGAGUCCGAGAGGGAAAAUGAACGUCUUAGACAAGGAUACUACCAGGCCUUGGCGGAGAAGAAGCAAUUCGAGGAGGAGCGCGACUUGUACUUCGAGUACUCCAAGAUUUUGAACGAAAAGAAGGACAAGUUUAUUUCGAGAACGCAACGCGUGACCUCGACGAGUGGUAAGUACAUCGAACUUUCCUUACAACUGUCUGAGAAGACGGACAGCUACAUAAGGAAGCUGCUAGAAGAAGUGGAGAAAUUUCACCAAGUGUACGGCACCCUAACGGAAGAGAAAGAGAAGUUCAAACGCGAGUGUAGCGAUCUGAGCAAGGAGAUAGAAGUGUUUAAGAAGGAAUCGGAGAAACUGACACAUGAGAGGGAUAAGUAUGAACUGCAAGGCAUCGCCCUCGGUGGCGAGAUAGACGAGUUGAAAGAAACUCGCGACACCUUGGAAGAAGAGAGAAAUAAGUACCGAGAAGAAGGCAGCAAAAUGACCAAGGAGAGAGACAAAUACAAAGAGCAGACGGAAGAGUUGACGAAGGACAGAGACCGGUUUAAGGAAGAAUCUAUCCGACUGGCGGAGGAGAAGGAGAAAUACAAGGAGGACGGCAUCCGACUUGCAGGAGAGGUGGAGAAAUACAGCUCACAAGCCCGAGUGCUCGAAGAAGAAAGGAACAAAUUCAAAACGGAAUCUGAGAAGUUGACAAAAGAAAGGGACGAAUUCAAGGAGGAAAGCGAGAAGCUCUUGGUGGAAAGGGACGGUUUCAAGGAGGAGACGGGUAAGCUUAACACAGAGAUCUCUCGCUUUAAGGAAAAUGUUAAAGGCUUGGCGAAGGACAGGGAUAAAUUCAAAGAACAGGUCACAAAGCUGACCCAAGAACGGGACAUGUACAGGGAUGACUACAGGAAAAUUAUCAGGGAAAGAGAAACAGUGGGAAAGGAAAAGGACAGACUCGCGUUGGAGGAAUUCAGAGCGAAGGAGAAGAACUCAGAACUGAGAGAAACCAAGAGAGAAAUAGAACAGAGGUACGAGUCGGCAAAGAAGGAGAAAUCUAAGGUGGAAUCUAUGGUACAAAAAGACGAACGGACAAUGACUCAACUCAAGAAGGAGAUCAAGAAGCAAGAGAAGAUCAUCGCGGACUUGAAGGCGCAGAGAGACCGCACGAUUCGUAGAAGAGACGCGCGAACACAGACAGACCAAGACUUGGAGUGUGAGCUGAGGGAUAUCGCGGUGGCACAUGCGCAGCUGAAGAUGAGACAAGCCAUGAAAGAGCGAGAAAAAUUGAGAAUAGAAAGAGACAAAGCAGAGAAGGCCAGAGACCGCGCACUGUCGGUCCUAGACAAGAAAAUCGAGCAAAGUGACUCUAGCCGAGCUGCCGCAGACAAAGCCAAGGAUCGAGCCAAAGAACUUGAAGAGCUGGUUAAGAAACUCACCAAGUAUUAUGAUGCUUCCAAGAAAGAGCUAGCCAAGGCGGACGCGAAGAUAGACAAGGACAAGAAGGCGAUUGAAGACUUGAAAGAUGACACUAAGAAACUGAAAUCACGGAUUGCCUCUCUGAAGAGAGAACGGGAUACCAGGAACAAAGAAGUACAGACGGACAGCCCCGACAACGAUGAAGAUAGUGUGGACGAGGAGAAGGAGGAGUUAGAACGUGACCUUGAACAGGCUCACCUUGACAUAGAGGACCUGCAGGAGCAGCUGAAGCAGUCGGAGGACCUGAGACGUCAGACCGAGCAGGAGAAGGAGAAGGAACGGCGCGACUACGAACUUGUUAAGCGGAAACUACGGUACUAUGAGAAGAAGAUGGAGGAAGAGAGGACCAAGAGGAUGAAACAGGGUUCGCAGCCAGAGGAGGCUAAACCUGCGAAAGAACCGGCGAAACCGCCGCCGCCUAAACCAAAGACAGCUCCGCCGUUCAAACCAGCGAAUAGACCGCCGACAGCACAUCCUAACAACACACCGAAGUCGGCGUGGUCUAAUAAUAAAACUAUGUCGUCAUCAGUGUCGUAUCGUACACAGACUCCACAAGCAUACACAGAACCUCCGAAAUCGAAGAUCACGAAUCCGUACAUGAUGCCGGCUGGCAUGCCGGCUUCCAGUCCGAUGUCGGCGGCAGCAGCGUCCGCCGCGCCCGCCUCGGCUCCCGCCAGCGCCAGCGGACCCACGAUAUCGCGCCCGCCGGCUAGCAUGGCAGGGCCCGCGUCAGCUAGCAUCCCCGGGCCCGGCGGGUAUGGAGGGUACGGCGCUUCUUCACAACCCAAACCGAUCCCAAUGAGAAGAAACACUUUUCUGAGACCGUCCGGAGGGGGAGCGAAGCCGGUUCCUACGAAAACAACGAAGUAGUCGCUAAAGAAAGACAUUCGGUUAUCAACGUGGAAAUCUU